AGGCUUAAUCACAAGCACUAACUAUAAGCCUCUCAGCCCUUCUUAGUUUAUAUCUUUCAAUUUCUUCUAUAAUUUUAUUACCAUGAUACGUUUCUUCUUACUCUUUUGCCUUGUUGGGGUAGUCUCAGCACAGUUAUCAUCUACCUUUUAUGCCAAAACGUGCCCUAAUGCGCUUUCAACCAUUAAAGCACAAGUAGUGUCUGCUGUCAACAACGAGCCUCGCAUGGGAGCUUCCCUGCUACGUCUUCAUUUCCAUGAUUGCUUUGUUCAAGGAUGUGAUGGGUCAGUACUAUUGGAUGAUACAUCAAGUUUCACAGGUGAAAAGACAGCGGGUCCUAAUGCUAAUUCCAUUAGAGGCUUUGAUGUAAUUGACACCAUAAAGUCUAAAGUAGAGAGCUUAUGUCCUGGUGUUGUCUCUUGUGCUGAUAUUCUCGCUGUAGCAGCAAGAGACUCGGUUGUUGCUCUUGGUGGACAAAGUUGGACUGUGCAAUUAGGUAGAAGAGACUCAACCACUGCAAGUUUGAGUUCUGCUAACUCAGACUUGCCUGCUCCUACUUCAAGUUUAAGUUCCCUAAUCUCUUCUUUCUCCAACAAAGGUUUUACAACUAAAGAACUGGUUGCUCUUUCAGGAUCCCACACAAUUGGGCAAGCGAAGUGUUCAAGCUUCAGAGCAAGGAUUUACAAUGACACCAACAUAGAUUCCUCUUUUGCAACAUCAUUGCAAGCAAAUUGUCCUAGCACAGGUGGUGACAACAAUUUGUCCCCUCUUGACACCACCAGCUCAACCACCUUUGACAAUGCUUACUUCAAGAAUUUGAAGAGCCAAAAGGGUCUUUUGCACUCAGAUCAAGAGCUUUUCAAUGGAGGAUCCACUGACUCUCAAGUAAAUGCUUAUAGCAGUAAUCCUGCAAGUUUCAAAACUGAUUUUGCCAAUGCAAUGAUUAAAAUGGGGAACCUUAGUCCACUCACUGGCUCUAGUGGCCAGAUCAGAACCAAUUGUAGGAAGACCAACUAAGAUUUUGGGCCCUCUUAUUCUAAUUAUGAAACAACCCAAUGUUUUGGGCCCUCUUAUUUUAUAUGUUGUAACCUUUGCAGUUUAGGAGCAAAGUAAAUGCUUCCUUAAUUGUAAUGAUAUAAGAAUAUCAAAGUCGAUGAUAAUGUUUGGACUUGGUUAAA